CGGGGCAUUGCCCGGCAGUGCCCGCGCGCCGCCGCCGCGUGGAGCAGCGUCGCUCGUUCUCUGCUCUCUGCCUGCUCGUCCCGCGCUGCCUGCCCCCUGCCUGCCGCCUGCUCCGCGCCCAGCCCAGCUCAUCCCGGGCCGUGCCUUUGCGGGCUCGGCGGCGCGGAGCGGCGGGGAUGGGCGCGGGGCUGUGAGGGCGGCGUGGAGCCGUGGCCAUGGGGAACAUCUCCUCCAACAUCUCCGCCUUCCAGUCCUUGCACAUCGUCAUGCUGGGCCUGGACUCGGCGGGCAAGACCACGGUGCUUUACCGGUUGAAGUUCAACGAGUUCGUCAACACUGUGCCCACCAUCGGGUUUAACACGGAGAAGAUCCGUCUGAGCAACGGGACUGCCAAGGGAAUCAGCUGCCACUUCUGGGAUGUGGGUGGUCAGGAGAAGCUGCGCCCGCUCUGGAAGUCCUACAGCCGCUGCACCGACGGCAUCAUAUAUGUGGUGGACUCAGUGGAUGUGGACCGGCUGGAGGAAGCCAAAACAGAGCUGCACAAGGUGACCAAGUUCGCCGAGAACCAGGGCACGCCGCUGCUGGUCAUCGCGAACAAGCAGGACCUGCCCAAGUCCCUGCCGGUGGCUGAGAUUGAGAAGCAGCUGGCCCUCCAUGAGCUGACCCCUUCCACCACCUACCACAUCCAGCCCGCCUGCGCCAUCAUUGGUGAGGGGCUCACGGAGGGCAUGGACAAGCUCUACGAGAUGAUCCUGAAGCGGAGGAAGUCCCUCAAGCAGAAGAAGAAGCGGUAGAAGCCCUGCAGAGGCGGGGAGGGAUGGGGGAGCAGACAAAGGAACCGAGGGGGAGAGAGAACCAAAGCGAUUCUUUUUGUUUUAAUUGUACUUUUAGUCCUUUUUAUUUUCCUUCCCCCCCCCCUCCAUUCGAAAUGAACAGACAAUAGUGGUGAUAACAAAGCCGCUCCUGCCAGCCAAGACCAGAUCCCGGCUGCGGGUGGGAGCCGGCAUCUCCCUUCUCCCACUGAUCCUUUCUGUGGACCACCAAGGGCCGGAUCCGGACCUCCCGGGUCCCCGGGCCGGGCUGGAGUCGUCCUGAGGCGCGAGACCCCCUCCGUUCUUGGGAACCACCGAGCUUUUGUGUGCGGGGGGCGAACAGGGCAGGACCCUGUUGAAGUGCAUUGGCGAGAAGCCCGGUGUGCUUCUGGAUCUUUAUCAUGUGCAUUUUGGGGUGGGGAGGGAUGGAUGAUAAGGGGAGGGAGGGAAGGCAGCGCUCGGGUGAAGGUCAGCGGUGAGAGAGCUUCCAUCUGCACCCCGAUACCUGCCCGCAUCGCUCCCCGCCCACCACGUUUGUCUAUGGCAAGGAGUGGGUUGGACCAGCACAAAAUGUGUGUGUGGGGGCUAUGGGUGAGGUGCCACCCCCACUAUCGGCUGGUGUUUUAGGGCGCAGAGCAAGGACAGGCAGCCUCCAGCUCAGGGAGGGGUUGAGGCUGCGGUGCCGGGGGUGCUCAGCAGCUGCAGAGUGGUGCUGAGUUUUAAGCUGUUUGCUUAAAAAAAACC